AUGGAUCCCUUGGCAUGCAUGUUACUAGCGCAUGAAAUAGCACAUACUUUGGGCAAGAAAGGUGGGCAGUUCGACGAAAACGGAAACAUCAAACAAUGGUGGACAAAAAAAUCGCACAAAAAUCUCGUGAAAAUAUCGAAAUGUUUCGUUGAACAGUACAGUAAAGUGAAAGUUUUUGGCGUACAGGUUGACGGCAAUUCCACCCUUGCAGAAAAUAUUGCUGAUAAUGGAGGAUUAAAGUAUGCUUAUAGGGCAUAUCAAAAUUUUAGGGGAAAAUACGGGAAUGAGGGAAUGUUACCAGCACUUCCAUUUACUAAUGAUCAACUUUUCUUCAUUAGUUUUGCACAGACGAUGUGUGCAAAAUAUAGCGACGACAUAAAUUGGCUGAGAGCGACGGUUUCUAUUUAUUCUCUUGAUCCUGUCAGGGUGCAGGUCCCUUUGCACAAUGUCCCUGCCUUCAGUAGAGCAUUUGGAUGCACGCCGCCGAAUAAUACGUGCGCAGUGUGGUAAAUUUAGAGGGAAAUAAUCCUGGAGUGUACUUUAUUACGUAUUUCAAUGAUUUUGUAGUUUUCUUUUCUGAAAACAAUUCCUGAUC